GUGAAUUGACGGUGUCAGAUUAACCCACACGGUUUCCUGAAAGAAAAAAAAAGAUUAACCCACACCGAACCUAGCCCAGCCGGUUCAUAACAACAAACUGAAGAGCACCAUCGACCCUUCUUCUUCCCCAGCGGCGGCGACGGCGGCGGAUCGAAGAUGAUCAUCCCGGUUCGCUGCUUCACCUGCGGCAAGGUGAUCGGGAACAAGUGGGACCACUACCUCGAUCUUCUCCAGGCUGAUUACACCGAGGGGGAUGCUCUGGAUGCCUUGGGCUUGGUUCGCUACUGCUGCCGCCGUAUGCUCAUGACCCAUGUUGACCUUAUCGAGAAGUUGCUCAACUACAACACCCUGGAGAAGACGGAGACAAGUUGAAGUUAAUUGAACCCAUGCUGCCUGGAAACCCUUGUUCCUUUGUACUACUUUUCAAGAUGGAUGGUAUGCUGUUUCUUAUGUCAGUGCUUAGGAGGUGCAAAGUGUCAGGUAGUCCUGAUAUGAUAUGAAGUUGGUUUGUCCAUGAAUCUCCAAGGACUAUUAGUGUGACCAUGCGUUUCUACUAUGUAAUCUUCAGGGCUAUUAGUUAACCAACAAAUCUAAUGCAUUGUCCAGUUUCAAACUUAUUAUGCUCCAAGUGUUGAACAUGUUA